UACACUUCAAUAUGAAUAAGCUAUAAACGUUCUUCGUUCUUUGGUGUCUCGAGUUCACAAAAGUAGGCAUUUCAACAGUAAGUACUUUUUGUCAUGUCUGCGCCUGCAAAUUCUAUUCCCAUUGCAACAUCAUCAGCUUCCAUAAUCACAGAUUCUGAAUCGGCGUACUUUACUGAUGCAAGGUCCCACUUGAGCGAGUCAACCUCGCCAGAUUCUCUGAAAGAUACAUCAAGCAAAGAUAACGCUGCGACUGUUCAGUAUGAUGACGAAAACCGUAAUGAACUUGGUAUUUCACCCCAGGCAACAAUCACUGAUGUCGCUGAUUUGCAAGAUCGUGAAACAGCCUCAGAACCAGAGGCGGACACUACCGUAACUCAAAAUGAAGAAAAGAAACAGACUUCUCAGCCUACCAAUGAAAACGGCGACCAAAUUGUUCAUAACGUGCAACCUCAAUCUACUCAAGAGCCUAUAACAGCUUUCGUUAAUUCUAACUCACCCAAGAAACCAGGUUAUCAACGAGAAGAGAGCGAGUGCCAUGAGUAUUAUUUUUCCAUAUAUUGCUGCGAUCUGGAUCUCAGCUCCGGAAAUAUAAUAACUACCUGUCUCAGCUGCUGCAUGUCGUCAAUCCUCGGUCUUUGUACCACUGCGGCCACAAAAAUCUAAAAGCUUGAGUCAUGAUAGAUUUUGAUAUAGACCAAUAAACGGUUGACUACCUAGCUUGUGUUGUAAAUCUCUUCCAGUUUUUCUGUCGUCCAUGGACGAUCAUUGUCUGAGUACUUUUUUAAAGGAGUGUCAUAAGGUAGUCUGAUCGGGUAGUGUACAGUGUCAUCGUUCACACCUUCAUAGAAGUCUGUUCCUUGAACAGGGGUCAGCGCAAACGCUUUCUUUAUUUUGUAUUUUGCCUUUAUGCAUGCAGGGAUAAUAAGAACGCCUGCCUCAAAAGAUUUCACUGUGUAGACAUGUUUGGUCUGCGAGUCACUUUGAAAAGCAGCUCCAUAUCCACGGUCAGGUGCCCCCCAUGCUUGUUUCGAAAGAUUGGCCGAAGUUAAAAGGAACCACUCUAACGUCUCAAAGUCAUUUUUCGUCACACAAUAAGAUUUGACAUGCGGCGAUAAAUUACUCCUUCCGGCAAUAGAUUGAGAAGCUGAUUUGGAAGACCAUCUGUAAAAGAAUGAUCUAAGAAAUUUAGCUUGAUUCUCAUAAGCGUACCAACCAUUGCUUGCUCUUGACUUGAACAUCACUGCGUGUCCUGAUAUGUGGCCAUAAUGUGCAUUCAAAAUCUCGUUCUCUGUUGGCCAAAUAACAUUUAUUUCAACCCCAGUUUUCAUUCCAAACUUGUGAUUUGGCUGCUUGACAAUUACCUGCGAUCCUUCCACAAUACUCGACAAAAUGUGUGUGCCAAUGUUUGUAUGCUUGUUAUCUAGCGGCGCACUUAUCGACGAUACUUGCAUUAUAAAUUUUGCGUCAUUUGGGGUAGUCAAUUUAUAUCGUUCCAGGACUUGACGUAACCUUCCAUAACCAUACAGCGGUCUGUCACGUACGGAAUCUAAAUGCGUUUUUGUGCUGUCGUUCAAGUUGAAUUCAUAACGUCCCGGGCUUGAACCAAUAAAGGCUACAUCAAUGGGAGAGAAAUCAAACGCUUUCAACUUCACAGCUAAUGAAGACACCACAGAGUCUUCGUAUGUGUAGAGGUACUGUAAAAAGUCUCUUUUGAAAAUAAUGCCAACAUCGUAGAUUGGAUCAAGAGUCUCUUUUUCAUCAUUUGUGUCAGCAUGAGAAUUUAGCUUUCUUAACCUUGGAGAUAUCCAGCACAUUUGAGUUUGAGCUAGAUAAUCCGUGUGAGUAAGAUUCAUGGUGUGGAUGACGAUUUGACAUGUAUCAUCAUGAAAGAAAUUGAUCAUCACUUUGGAAUGAUGGGUUCCCCAUUUGGACAAUUUUGUAGAUACGUCCACUGUUUUAAUUCGAUACUGAAGACGGUGAUUCUCUUCAACUGCAAAAUUGGAUUGCACACCAAUGAGAGUAAGCUCAAAAUUCAAGGGGUCUGCUUUGAAGAAAGGUAGCAAAAAUUCGCAGUCCACAAGCAUAUUAAAUUGGUAACUGUUUUGAAGUAUCCUGGACCCCACCAAAUCAAACAAAGUAACAGUAUGCUUGUUAGAUGAUGGUGGAAACACCCUGCAGUAUGGAUCGUUGGAAAUAAGUCUGAUCGGAGACUGAAAUCUCGGUAUAUCUUGCUCGCUUUCAAAAAAAGAGCGUAUUGUAGGUCUCUUCAGUCCGUGUUCUUCUGCAUCGAUUAGAAUUUCCCCCAAUCUGCGUUUUGAAGUACCUUCUUUAGAUCGGGAUGUCUCAUGCCUGACUUGUAGCUCAGCACUAUCCUCAUCACUAUCUAGACUAAUCACAUGAUGCUCAUUGUUCACGGUUUUCUCCCCGAGGAACUCCAAGGAAAUGUCUGUUUCGGAUUCUGACAUUAUAGAUUAGUGCAUUUGGCUGCUUAUACAGCUCAAUUUGAAAGCUUAUAGAGGGCGAUGCAAAUUUAACUCAAAGCUGAACUGAUUUUUCUACAAAAAUUUUGAUUUAAACCAGUUCAAACAUGAUCUUUCUCGAGCCUUGAGAGUUACUUUAUUAAAAUUAUACUAGAGUUAAUAAAGUCUGAAAGAAGGACCCAUAGAGGACUUGAUGACAAGUGAGCCAACGUUUUGCCAGUUCUUCUUCAACAAGGAGACCAAGAAAUUGAUGGCCAUCAUAAUUUGAGUGACAAGAACAUCCUCCUCCAUCUCAACGUGACCAACAGCAACGGCCAGGCACAAAACUUUCUUCAGCUGGAAUUUGAUGGUGGAUUUAACAUCAGUGACCUUAGAAUACAAGUCGUCAUUGUGGGAGACUGGAGUUGGGAACUUACCAGCCUUAGAUAGCUGAGGGCCCAACAAUCUUGGCACUUGUUUGAUCAAAACUUCAGAAGCAAUGAAAGCAUUGUACUUCUUGGCCAGCUUCUUGAUCAACUUCUUGUUCUUGUUCAACUUCUUCAAGUCAUCAACAGACAUAGCAUCAACACCAAGCGACUUAGCUCUGUCAACAUCAAAAGCAUCACCAAAAAUACAAAUGGUCAUGUUUGGUCUUGGCACUUGUGGCAGUUUUAAAGUACCAGAGAAACGCUUGUCUCUCUGAGGGUCAUAAUUUUUCAGACCAACCUGUAACUCAACGGUCUCCAAAAAGUUUCUCUUCUUGGUCUCGUUGGAGUAUUUGAGGAUCUCCUUGACAUUCUCUCUCACUUGGGUAGCGCUGACUUUAGACAUUUGGCUUAUUUACUGUCUCCCUACUAAUAGGUAAUACC